AUGGCUGUUGACAGAGGCCCUGAGCUAACUGCUGUGGCUGGACUGUUCCUAGGGUUAGCAUAUCUGUUUGUCUCCUUAAGGGUCUACGUCAGGGCUUUCUUGAGCAAAAGUUGGGGAACUGAUGACUAUCUUCUUCUCAUAUCUCUGGGCUUCUUUACCACAUACAUUGCAUGCUCGUUAUCCGGAAUCCACUAUGGAACAGGACGCCACCUCAAAGACAUUUCUCCUGAGGACAUACCUAAAGCACUCUACUUCUGGUGGCUCUACGACCUUCUCUACGCUAUAACAACAGCAUCCAUCCGCCUCUCCAUCGCCCUCUUCCUCCUUCGCAUAUGCAUCAACCCAAGUCAACGUUGGGUCAUCUAUGGUACCUUAACGAUGGUUUUCUCUUUCUCAAUCUUCUACUUCUUCCUCGCGCUCUUUCAAUGCAAGCCAGUCAGCUUCUUCUGGCGUCAGUAUGCGGGAUUGAAGGGGAGCUGUAUCAACCAGGCCGUUGUCCCAAAUGCAGCCAUCGCCCACUCGGUAGUCUCCUUUACCGCAGAUUGGAUUCUGGGCCUGUUGCCCGUUGUCUUGCUGUGGCACUUGAAGAUGAACACUAGGACAAAGGUCUCCGUUGCAGGACUCCUUUCUCUAGGACUACUUGCAGGCAUCGCAGCCAUGAUUCGCAUCCCCUACAUCAAAGUCCUAGGAAUACCCGAUGACUUCCUCUUCGCAACAGUAGAUGUAGCAAUCUGGUCUACAGUGGAACCAGGCCUCGGCUUCGUCGCUGCAGGCGGCGCAACUCUCCGCCCAUUAUUCCGCUCCUUCUACAACCUCUCCUCCAACCGUCACUCUAUCACACACCCCUACCUCCCUCCCAUUGCCCACUCUCGAUCAAAAUCUCAUCAAUCGUCGCGGAGCUUAGGGCACGAGAGUAUUAGGUUAAGGAACGAUGUUGUGGAUCCGAGGGGGACAGUGACGAGUGUCAGGAGUCCGUUUGCGGACUCUUUUGAGGUUGGGGGUGAGGCGUGGAUUAGUCUUAGGGGUGGGGCUAGCGCUAGAGAGGGAAAAGACAUGGGAGGUAUCAAGGUCCAUAAGACGGUGGAGAUAAGCAGCGUUCAGGAGAGUGAUGAGGAGGGAGUUGCUGGGUUGGGAAGUCCUGGUGGGAGUGGGAUGGGGAAGCCUGAAAGGGAUUUGGUCUGA